AAAAUUGUUUAAGAUAAAACGAAAAAAGAUAGGAGAAAAUUGUGGGAGACUUCUCUCAGUGAAUCUCUCUCUCUCUCUCUCUCUCUCUCUGCACUUUGCCUCUCUUCUUUCGAGUCAUUCUUGCGGACUACUUUCACAGCCCAAAAGUCGAUGAAUUAUCACAGAUUAACUGUAUCUGUAAUUGUAAGUGGUUAAAUCGUACAAUUGGAUGACUUGUUGAAUUUCUCGACGAUGAAUUUCGACUUUCCUGGCCGUCUCCCAUGGUUUAGGGCCCAGCCAAACAAUGAUUUGGUGACAACCCUUAAUUCCAGGACCACCCUUACUGAAAGACCUAACCAAAAAGCUUUUUUGGGUAUCAAGUUGUGGGGAUGGUCCCUGCUUUCAUUUUUUCCAUGGGCAAUCAAUUCUGGAGAUAAAAUUGGAAGACCAGCUACCAUUAAUAGAGGAUUAAGGAGAAGAGCGCAACCUUUUGGGGCUGUUGACAAUGAUGGCAAGGUUGUGCCAUUGCGCUUCAAACCAUAUGUCUCUAAGGUUCCAUGGCAUACGGGCGCAAGAGCGUUUCUUUCUCAGUUAUUCCCACGUUAUGGGCAUUAUUGUGGACCUAAUUGGUCAAGCGGGAAAGAUGGUGGAUCUCUAAUUUGGGACAAGCGGCCAAUCGAUUGGCUGGACUUCUGCUGCUACUGCCACGAUAUUGGUUAUGACAGUCAUGAUCAGGCCGAGCUGCUGAAGGCUGACUUGGUGUUUCUUGAGUGCUUGGAGAGGCCUCAUAUGAGAACAAAAGGAGAUGCUCAUACUGCUUUUCUGUAUAAGAUGAUGUGCAUUUCAGGUCUCAAGAAUAUACUAAUACCUUAUAGAAGCCACCUUGUGAAGCUACAGUUUGGGCAACCUUUGAUUGAUUUUGGGUGGCUAAGCAAUGUUAGAUGGAGAAGUUGGAAGUUUCAGAAACCUUCAAGAUAGGUCAAGAGUUCUGAGACGUCCGAGCAGCACUAUUUCAUAGCUCAGAUGAUAUUGAAUUGAAGCUGAUUGUCUUAAAAAAAAGUAUUGGUCAUUCUCAUUUUUCUAGCCUUCUAUUUGUUAUGAAGUUCUCACAAAUCAUUGUGCUCUAUAGAAUUUGAAGAUGUGAACCACCUUUAGGUUUUUCUUUCCACGAUCCUCUUGCAAUACAUGCACUCUAUGUUGAAAUGUAAAGAUGUGAACCCGUAUAUUGUACUCUUCAUUGUAUAUGCUUGUGUAUAUGUGAAUGUAUGUGUAUUAGUUGCCUUU